AUGGCUCCAUCUAUCCUGUCCCCCGUGCCGGGCAGCUUUCCCUCCCCCCUCUCCCCCAAGAUACCCAGACGCAUCUCGGGAUUUGCUGAGAGCGACACACUCUCCAACAAUGGCAUGUCUCGCUCAAUUACGUCCCGGAGGGUAUCCUCCCGUCGGAUGGACCCUCAGGAGACCGAGAUCUCUAGACGGCUGUCUUCUCUCCACCGUCAGAACGGCGGUGAGCUGGGCAUGGCCCUCACGGGUGACUCCUAUGAGAUGGUCCUGUCCUGGAUUCAUGAUGAGCGUAUGAGCCUCAUGCCCCCUGAGGGCAGCAGCUAUGACAAGGUUUUGGGCUGGGCACAACUGUUCGUCGAAAGACUACGGACCUUCGAGUUGGCCAUCGAGGACUUCACCAAUGUCAGCGGCCUUGCCUUCCAGAUGGCCUACGGAUACUGUCUCUCACUCCUCAAGCUGGGUGACGAGAACGCCUCCGCGUUGAUGACCUCCUUUGGCUUUUUCUACAGCAACUCAUCCGCACUUGGGAACCUCCUCGAACGGACAGAGCUCUUCAGUGUCACAGGCGAUAUUCGGAGGCAGCUCGUUCAGGCGUUGGAAGACCUGGUGCACCUGGUCGCCCGUGUGUCCACCCGCUUUCAGAAAGCCGUUCUGGAGCUGGGCGAGGAGUCUGAAUAUGAAUACAUUAACAUCUACGAGACCUUUCCGGAGGAGAUCCACAGGUUCCGCCGAGGUUGCGAGGAGAUCGGCGAGUCCAUGUGGCAACAGCAGCUCUUGAAGGAGGUCGGAGAUGAAGGCAAAGUCGCCGACGUCAAGGCUGUCAAGUCGUGGCUCACCCCGGAAGAUCGAGUCCUUUCCAACGUUGCCGAAACGGUCUCACAUCUUGCCCAUGACCGCGAGGAGAUGACCUGCCGCUGGGUCAAGCCCUCCUUAUUCGACUUCUUGGCGAGCCAGCACAGGGUCCUGUCCAUUGCCGGCAAGGCAGGUUCCGGUAAAACCGUCUUGGCUUCCGUGAUCGUUGACAGCUUGCAACACCCCAUCCGCGGGAUCACUUACAAGACGCUGUUCAUACCCAUCAAUGCCCGACUUCCGGCGGGAACUCGUCCCCGAGCUAUCGCCAAGGCCAUUCUGUCUCAGCUGUUCGAAAAGCGCAUUGGCAAUGUUCAGCUCCUCCAGAUCCUGAGCGAUGCCCUGCAGCGCAGCAAGAAGGCCACCAAUGACAAUGACUAUGACAACAUCCUCUGGAACGCGUUGGAGCGCGCCUUGGGUGCCGCGCUUCGCGGCGCCAAGGAGCUUGUCAUCGUCGUGGAUGGCGUCGACGAGGCUUCCUGCGGUGAAGCCGCCCUUCUGCAGAAGCUGACUUCCGCUACCCUUGCGGGCACCAACGUAAAGCUGAUUGCCCUUGGUGCACAAAAGCCCUCUCCAGCCCCGGGCCACGCCUGUGUGCAGGUCACGGAAGAGCGGAUCUUCGAGGACAUUGCCACUGUGGUUCGAGCCCAGUUCCUGGAGCACAAGGAAAGCGUGGUCUUCCCCGAGCUGGAUGAGAAUGAGCAGGAGGAAAUCGUAGAUCGCAUCACCAAUGCGUCCCAGGGAUCCUUCCUUUGGGCCAAGCUCGCAGUGAAGGGCGUUCGCGUCGCAGAAAACGUCGAGGCCCUGCUCAAGGCCGUGGACGUUGUUGUCAGUGCUAAGCGGACCAUCACCGACUUCGUUCUUGAGACUGUGCAGCAGAAAGGAGUCACUGAUGAGGCUCGCUUGAUGUUGUUGUGGCUUGCAACCGCCGACCGUCCCCUUCUCAUCAAGGAACUGCAGACUUUGGCCUCGAUUCAGGUUGAUAAAAUGGCCAUCGCCGAGGGCAACCAGCUUGAACCGUUGAAAGUCCUCAGACCCGUCAACUCCCUGGUGUACAGGCAGGAUGGACAGGUGUACCUUCGUCACGGUCUCGUCCGCAAUGCGGUCUUGGAGGCCUUCACCAAGGGCAAGCUUAUCCCGAGCAUCAAGGACCGGCAUGUCGACUUUGUUACCCGGCUUUUGAUUUACAUUAAGUCCUGUGUCAUUGAGCCACAGGCCAAGGAUCCCUCUCUCUCUCCGCUCAAUGCCUAUGAGACCGAUUCAUUCAUCAGCCGAUACCCCCUACUUGACUUUGCGGUCCGUUACUGGGUCUCGCACAUCCGACAGACGACGGUGUUUGUCAAUCAGGGCGAGGUUCCUGCGGCCAAGGAGUUUGCCAAGGUGUUCCCGGGCUCCAUUACCUUUCUCCUGUUGCAAACCACUCUGUGGGCCAACAGACCGACGCCUGAGCUGUUGACGUACCAGACCACUGUCACCACGUUCUGCCGCCAGAUCUUGACCCCGAACAACCGGGUGACUCUCCAGUCCAUCAUCAACUUGGCCCUCUUCUUCCGCGAUGUUGAUUACGUCCCAGAGGCCACCACAUUGUUCUUCGAGGCUACCACGCUGAGCCGCACCUUGCUGAACGCUACUCCAUCCUUCACCGCACAGUUGGCCAGCAUUUUCCUCGAGCUCACUGUGAGCAGAGUCACCGAGACUAAAACGGAGAUCAUGACCAAGAGAGAGCAGAUUCUCGUGCUCCUUGUCGACUGCUACACGAAGCUCUACGGGGAGACCCACAAGACCGUUAUCACCACCCGAGAACAGCUGGUAAAGCACUAUCAGACGAUCAAGGAGUUCCAGAAGGCCGAGGAAAUUACCCGGCUGAUAAGACUGGUUACUACCGGUGAACAAGGUACCCAGUCCCGUGAAUUUCACGGGGAUUGGGGUGUGCGCGUCAGAGGACAUCACCGCAAGGUCAUCCAGACGAGAAUCAACGACUUUCUGGAGGCCGAGGAGCACGACGAACUGAUUGACCGGUUUGAAUCGUUCGACUUUGAGGCCAGGAUCAAGGAGGCCGAGCGGUAUGCUGCUGAAGGCAAGUUUGAGCUCGCGGAGCGCAUCUACGUGGAGAUCUGGCAGCGUGUGAGCAAGGAGUGCCGUACCAACUACUCGGCCCUCUGGGAAGAGAGGAAGAUGGCGUCUGUUCUUGCCUACUCCAAGUUCCUCAAGACUCAGAAGAGAGAACAGGAUGCCUCCUCGAUCUUGACCAGUGUUUGGCAGGAGUAUGAGCAGACCAGCAUGUCCAUCUCCGAGACUUCGGUCUCUCAUUUCCAAGAAAUUGCCAAGAUGAUGAAGGUUGUGGGACUGUCUACCCUGGCUUUGACCGUCUUCAAGCACUGCUCUGAAUACUACAAGAGUAGCAAUCGGACCCAAACUUCCAGCUACAAGGAGGUGCAGCAGAGCAUCCAGAGUACUUCGAAGGAGGUCAUGCAGUCCUUCAGCAGCUCCUCCACAGUCACUUCGGAGACGACCCUUGAGGAAAUGGUCUACGAGGCAUCGACUUCCAUUGCCACUGUCGACCAGACAUCUUUCACUGCCACGCACAGCCUCAUCGGUCUAUACGUUGAGCAGCACCGCUGGCAGGAUGCGACUCGGGUGAUCAAGAGAGUCCUUCACGGGGUUUGGCCUUCUCUCUUUUCUGCCAACCUGCAGGAUGUCACCCUCCCCACAAAGCACGUUGAAAGCUGCGUCGAACUUGCCGAGCGUCUCGCCAAGUGCUAUUACGCCCGCCGUCGUUUGAGCAAGGAAGAGGACAUCCGCGUUCGCAUUUACCGCGCAUUCCGGGCUGGGAGAAAGGUUGAUGACAAGCUCUGGGAACGCAUCACCAAUGAACUGCUGCGCUUGUUGGAGCGCAACACGCAGACCGACCAGAUCAUCAACCUUCGUCAGGAGUUGUUGAAUGACUACAUCAAGCAUUACGGUCCUGAGAAUCCUGUCGUUAUCAAAACCCUGUGGACUCUGGCCGAACUAACGCGGCCUCGUCCCAUCUUCGUUGACUACUACCUGCAAAUUGUCCGCACCCUGAACAAGGACUCCCCCACCUGCCACCCCGAGGCCUUUGAGCCACUGGUCAUUGUUGCGACCGAACUCUGGAACCAGGGCCGCUACUCGGAUGCUGUUCAGUACUUCAGGAUCAUCUUCACCACCUUCCUGAAUCAGCCCAAGCAAAGCCCCAAGUUCCAGGACCAGAACUUUGUGCGGGAGAUCUUCAGCCGGUACACCCACUGCUUGCGCAGUGUCCGCACGGAGUUCACGGUGCUGCACCAGGUCACAGUCGAAUACCACGCCAAGGUCAAGGCGGUGUUCAGUGCGACAGCUUCCAUCAGCCUCCAGGCUACGCUGACUCUGGCGAGGCUGUGCCAGGAGUCAAAGCAAUACGAGCUUCAGGCGAUUACUCUCUACGAAGAGCUCCUCAAGACUAAGUCCGAGGAACUUGAUCUUCAGAGCAUUUCCAGUACCCUGGACGCCAUUUAUGAGGAGCAGGCGGCGAUUGUGACCUCAACCAAAUCAGAGUCGGUGUCUGCUGCUCAAGUUGAGCGCGCUAUUAAGUUCUUGAGGAAGCGCACCAGCACCGUGCGCAAGAUCCACGGUUGGGCCCAUGAGGAAUCGCUUGCCAGGAUGAAGGAGAUGAUCACAUUCCACGCUGAGCGCAAUGAAACCGAGACCGUGGUGCAGGAGCUCAAGGAAGCGACCGUGCAGAUUCUGUCUUCGGAGACGUCCUCGACCCGGUUGGUUGCGGCCGCAUCGACGAUCGCCGCCAGCUACAUCGCAUCCAACCAGGUCCAGAAGGCUACUGAGCUUACUCACGAGAUCUAUCGCCAGAUUGUCAUGAAGGAUACCACCAACGCCAAGUCGGUGCAAUUCGACCUGGCAUCCAAGGAGCGUCAGAGCCUCACGUUCCUGGCCCAGCUCGAGUACAGUCUGCGCCGCAGCUCGUCCACCACCAUCACUGAGAUCCUUGCUGCGUUGACGACGGAGUAUGUCUACUUUGAAGAGUUCCACAGCCAGCUCAAGUCCAAGACGAGCUCCAUCCACACGGUCUCUGUGUCCACCGCCCGCCUUUACCACUUCUUGAUCGCCAACAACCGCCAGGCCGCCGCUGCCCGCGUGUUUGAUGACUUUGUCGACUAUUUCGUCGCAACCGAAGGCAAGCGGGUCAAGUUGACCGAGCCUGCACAGGUGCGGAUCUUUGUCGAGACCAUCCUGCGCCACUUCAGCUCCUACCGCUCGGAUGACUUUGUCCGCUCGAUCGGUAUCACCAGCAACGAAUACGUGGAUCAGUUGCUGAAGAGCCAGAGAUGGGGUAGUGCCUGUGAUCUGGCCCUGGCCUCGUUCCACUAUAUCAAGUCCCACGAAGAGGUCUAUCGCUCCGUCGGGAUUGUCAAGUUCAUCUUCACGCUGGGUAUGACUAUCGCCGGCCGCGAUCUUGUCGCGCGCCCUGACGAAGCCUCGCGCACGAAGAUGCUGCGGGUCUCCGGUAUCAUUAUCAAGGAGGCACUCAGCGUCAUCAAGGGCCUGAAGCUCGACAUGAGCGGCGUGAACUUCGAGCAGCUCAGCAAGCUGAUCGGGCUGCUCGGUGAGCAGCAAGACUACGCGAACCUGGCGUGGCUUCUCACCAUUUUGUGGGACAGUCGCGAGGCCCACCGCAACUGGCCCCACUACACCCUGGCUCUGGGACACCGUCUCAUCAUUGCCCGGCUCCAGAUUGGCAAGCAGAAGGACGCCAUUCGUCUGGCCGAGGACAUUGCUUACAACUGCCGUCGCGUGCACGGACCCCGUCACCCCAGCACACUGGAGAUGUCGGUCCUGUUGACGCAGCUGUACACCAAGGUGGCGACCAAGGCCCACAAGGAGCUGGCCAACCGCUACUACAAGAAGUCUGCUGGCGUGCACGAGGGCAUCCUGCGUGCCUUCAGCGACCCGUACUACGCCGACUUCGAGGGUGGCCUGGAGGCCACUCUGAGCAUCGACGGCUCUGCGUACGAGGUUGACGUGCAUGACACCGCUGACAGCAACUUCUCCGAGGGUGAGCAUGUCAAGCAGCACAUGAAGCUGUUCAAGCUGGCUGUGGAGCGUCUGGGAGACUGGCCUGGCGACUACAGUGACUACGAGCGCAUGAACGCUGAUGUGUUCCGCGAGUUCCCGGACGAGAUGAAGGGGGUGGAGGGAGUUGAGAAAUGGAACCUGAAGUCGUUUGGCGGUGGCAAGGCCGAGAGCGAUGAGGAUGUGUUGAACCUGAACCUGCAGACUUGGGAUAUUCUCGAUACCCACGUGAGCCCUGCUGCGGUGGAGGAGGAAGAAUUGUGA